GUCGACUCUCGUUUGAUUCUCCCCCGAGAGAAAUCCGUCCUUCGUUUGCGCAGAGAAAGUCAUUUAUUCGUGGACUGGGCGCAGGUAUUCGACGACUCCUCCUGCAGCCACGCGAACAGGGUUGUGAUUGGUAUUUCACCGUCAACAAAGCCCGGCCCGCCCUUGUCCACGUCGCUCGCUACCAAGCUCCGGCGCCAAGACGAUGUGGAAGACGGUCGCCGCCUUUCUUUGCGCCCACGCGGCUCUCACCGCCGCCGUCGAUCCCAUCGAAGUCCACCAGCAAGAGUUUGUCAUCCCGAACAACAAUGGAGAGCGCUUCAUGAUUGUGGGCGUGGACUAUCAGCCGGGUGGACAGGGAGCAUAUGGCACCGGCAGUGGUGACCCCUUGAGCAAUGCCACCGUCUGCUUGCGCGAUGCCGCCUUGCUCCAAGCCCUGGGCAUCAAUACCAUCCGCUCCUACAAUGUCGAUCCGACACUGAAUCACGACGAAUGCGUGUCCAUCUUCAACGCCGUGGGCAUUUACCUGCUGCUGGAUGUCAACAGCCCUCUUCCGGGACAGUCCAUCGAUCGCUCGAAUCCCAGUGAUAGCUACAAUACCGACUAUCUCAACCACAUCUUCACCGUCGUCGAAGCCUUCAAGGACUAUCCGAACACGCUUGGCUUCUUUGCCGGCAACGAGAUUAUUAACGAUGUCGCCACUGCCGAGGCCAAUCCGCCAUACAUCAGAGCGGUGCAGCGCGAUUUGAAGAAUUACAUCAAGAACCACGCCUCUCGCACCAUCCCUGUGGGCUACUCUGCUGCACAAGUGCAAGAUGUGCUCAAGGAUACCUGGGCGUACUUGCAGUGCGGCGACGACAUCUCUCGAUCCGACUUCUUCGGCCUCAACAGCUAUUCGUGGUGCGGCAGUGGUUCCAGCUUCACCACCUCGGGAUACGACACUCUUGUCCAGUGGUUCAGCAACACGACCAUCCCCGUAUUCUUCAGCGAGUACGGCUGCAACGUGCCCUCACCGCGAGUCUUUGACGAAGUCCCCGUCCUCUACGGCCCCCAAAUGACCGUUCUCUCCGGAGGUCUCGUCUACGAAUGGACGCAAGAAUCCUCCAACUACGGCAUCGUCAACCAAAACGACAACGGCACCCUCUCCCUCCUCGCCGACUACGAAACUCUCAUGAACCAAUUCAACAAAGUCAACGUCACCCUCAUCACCACCCAAAACGGCACUGCCACGAACCUUCAAGCCCCCGCCUGCAGUGCCGGACUCAUCAGCAACUCCGGCUUCAGCAAAGACUUUGACCUUCCCUCCGUCCCCUCGGGCGCAGAAGACCUCAUCUCCAACGGCGUGUCCAACCCUCCCAAAGGCAGCAUUGUCCCCGUCACCCAGACAAACGUCGACAUUCCCGUCUACGCGGCCAAUGGCGCGCAGGUGCAGAAUUUGGCUAUUGCCGCUGCGUCGGGAGCGAAUCGGCCUGGUUCGGGCGGUUCGUUGACGGUUGCUUCCUCUGGCAGUGGUGCGAGUAGCACAGGUUCUCCGUCGUCUUCUCCUUCUUCUUCUUCUUCCUCGAGCGAGGGAUUUGCAGCGAAACCUACGCAUUAUGGUCCUGUUGAGAUGGUUGCUGCCGCUGCUGCUGUGUUUGGAGCGGGGUUUAUGCUGUAGAGGUGCAUGGAUAGUAUUUUUGGGGGUGCAGUUGCCGCUGUGUUGACUCUUCGUCAUUAUCAAUCAUCAUCGCCAUUGUUGCGGCAGCAGCAACAGUAGAUGCGAGAGAAGGAAGAAGUUGUGGUGGGAGUAUUACAGUAAUACAGGUAAUGAUGAAAGAAUAGAGGAUACAGGGAUAAAUACAUGUACCUUAAUGUCUGGAUGUCUGAAUGAAUGGAUGCAUCGGUUGAAAGAGAGAGGAAAUAGACCAAGGAGAAGGAGAAGAGGAUGAAGAUGAAGAUGCAGAUGAAGUAGCGGGAAGAGGAAAUAGAAGGGAAGAAGAAAAUAGAACAACCCUCCCAGAAGCAGAAGAAGCAGCAGAAGAAGAAUGCAUAGAAACAAGAGAAGCAAAGUAUAGAUUACGC